CGACGUGCUUGUUGUACUAUGAUCUACCUGUAUAAUUGACGAGUCUUCACUUCUACAAGCACGGUAAGUUUGAAAUCAGAAAAUAUGGUGGGUUCUGCCAAAAGGAAAAGAGAAAGACAACAUCGCUGCUCCGCGGCAAGAGAUGACAAGGUCAUCUCUUCGGCUGCUAGUAAAGUCGGGGCACAGGCGCAUCAGCAGCAUUCUACUACUGUCUCCGCUGCCGGGUCGUCCAUAUUCGGCACUACGUUCAUCUCAAACUCCAGACUAGUAUCGAAGUGCGGUGCUAUUCUCCUGCCCAUCCUACUAUCCUGCCUUCUUUUCAAAUUUCUUCCCCUCCCGGUCGCUGCGUUCUUUGGUCCGCUGUGGACGGAGGAGAACCUCGAGAACUUUGAGCCGAAAGAGGACGGCACGGAGGACAAGUAUGAGAGUGCACAACUUCCCCUCCUCCUCAUUUGAAGGGCAUAAGCAGCAACAGAAGUCUUCGCGUAAAUGCAGCUUUUGCAUGACAAAUUCCGGACCGAUUCUAGUUCUGCUUCGGGUCGUUCCGGAAUCUGUCAUGCAAGGAGUGCCAAAGGGGAAAGAGUGGAUUUGCAUUUGGUAUUUUGCAUUACAGCACAUGAGGCGGAGGGGGAGUUGUGCACUGUCAUAACAAGCCCUUCAAAUUCACGAAGGACACGCUGGUUUUCACCAAGGUAAAGGAGGAAGUGAAGACGGCGUUCUGGGAGCAGCAGAAGCACCCGCUGGAGAAAGGUGGUCACAGCCACGAUCAUAGUGGAGGUCAUGAAGGCUGCUUACACGGGGACGACGGCCAUGACCACGACCAUCACAAUCUUCACGAACAUUCUCAUGAUCAUGCGCACGAUGGACACAGAGCGGGAUCGGGAGUUACACCCUCCUCGUCCUCGUCGUUUCUGAAAACUGCAGGGGGUGGCGAGGAAGAGGUGGAGAACGCUGAAAAUACUGACGACUUCAGUGUCAUCGACGGGGUGCGGAUCAG